ACUUCCUUUAGUAAAUCCUCCCAGCGAGGCUGUGGAGUUCAGUGUUUCAGUUGGUGGUUUAGAGUCUUGUAUUUAUUAAAUAUGCGUAUUGAAAAAUGUUAUUUUUGCUCUGGGCCGGUCUACCCAGGGCAUGGGAUGAUGUUUGUUCGAAAUGACUGCAAGGUUUUCAGGUUUUGCAAAUCAAAAUGCCACAAAAACUUCAAGAAGAAGCGCAACCCAAGGAAGGUCAGAUGGACCAAGGCUUUCCGCAAAUCUUCAGGCAAAGAAUUGACUGUAGACAAUUCAUUUGAGUUUGAGAAGCGCAGAAACGAGCCCUUAAAGUACCAGAGGGAGUUGUGGAACAAGACGGUGGAGUCUAUUAAGAGAGUUGAAGAAAUCAAACGGAAACGUCAAGCAAGGUUCAUUAUGAACAGGCUAAAGAAGGGCAAGCAGCUGGAGAAGGAGGAAGCUAUCAGCGAGGUCAAAAAGAAUAUCCACCUUAUCCGGGCUCCUCAUGCAGGCAAAGCAAAGAUGAUGGAGGACAAGAUGGUGCAAAAAUUACAAGAAGAUGUGGAAAUGGGAGACGAUCAGUAAUACAGCACAUCCUACAGUUUUCUCUACAGGAUAUUUUCAGUUCUUUAUUUUCUGGGGGGGAGAAGGUCAUCUCCUGUACAAAAAAUGUUGGCAUACAAACUGCAUUUAGAGAAAUGUAUAUCAAGCAUUGCCAACACCCACAUUUUUCAUUAAAUGCAAUAUGGAGAGAAAAAAUGUCAUUGUUUGUUACAUUAAAUACAAAUGGAAAGCAUGUUCUAAUAACAAACUUUAAAACAUCUGUCUGAAUAUACCAUCACUGAUAAUAAAGGUUUUUACUAUAGAA